CUGUCAGUCUUGUUGAAUGGCUUUUUGGCUUGGCUUUAUUUUCGGGGUCGAAAAAGUGGAAUAAAAUAAACAGUUUGCUCAAUUCAUCGUUGCAACGAAACGUUCCACAAUGUCGCAGCGAUUCCCUGCGGCCAACGUGAAUGCCGGUCCAGGCUCGCAGCGUUAUCCUGCUUCACCAGGCCAAAACAAUCAGCCGCCCGUGAUGCGUCCAUACGGACCGGGUACCAAUUUUUCGCCCCGUGCGUACACUCCUCCACCGCAGAUGGGAGGUGGCGGUGGGCCGGCUCAAAAUCAGCAUCAACGCCCGAUGCAACCCGGCUUCCAGGGCGGCAGCAUGCGGGGCUCUCCAAUGUCCGCGUCUUCCGGAGGAAAGCGAAAUGCCGAGAGCCGUGCCUCAAUGAAUCAGGCUCAGCAGAAAAAUGAUUAUUCGGUAAAAAAGAAGAAAAAACUUGCAGACAAAAUUCUGCCCCAAAAGGUGCGCGACCUAGUACCCGAGUCACAGGCGUACAUGGACUUGCUGGCGUUCGAACGCAAACUGGAUGCGACCAUUAUGCGCAAACGGUUGGACAUCCAGGAGGCACUGAAGCGCCCGAUGAAGCAGAAACGCAAGCUGCGUAUCUUCAUCUCGAACACAUUCUACCCGAGCAAGGACGGCAGCGAGGGUGACGCUAACCCGGACGGUUCCGUUGCGUCCUGGGAGCUGCGCGUGGAGGGCCGCCUGCUGGAGGACAACAAAUCGGACCCGACCAAGAUAAAGCGCAAGUUUUCCAGCUUCUUCAAAUCGCUCGUCAUCGAGCUGGACAAGGAUCUGUACGGGCCGGACAAUCAUCUGGUCGAGUGGCACCGUACGCACUCCACGCAGGAAACGGACGGGUUUCAGGUGAAGCGUCCGGGUGACCGGAAUGUGCGCUGCACGAUUCUGCUGCUGCUCGAUUAUCAACCGCUGCAGUUUAAGCUCGAUCCACGGCUCGCCCGUUUGCUGGGCGUGCACACACAGACGCGUCCGGUCAUUAUAUCCGCCCUGUGGCAGUACAUCAAGACGCACAAGCUGCAGGACGCCCAUGAGCGGGAGUACAUUGCAUGUGACAAGUAUUUGGAACAGAUUUUCGGCUGUCCGCGCAUGAAGUUCGCUGAGAUUCCGCAGCGCCUGAACCCGCUGCUGCAUCCGCCCGAUCCGAUCGUGAUCAACCACGUGAUAACGGUCGAGGGUGGGCUGGAAAACAAGCAAACCGCCUGCUACGACAUCGACGUGGAGGUGGACGACACGCUCAAAAAUCAGAUGAACACGUUCCUGCUCAGCACGGCCAGCCAGCAGGAGAUACAGACGCUCGACGGCAAGAUCCACGACACAGUCGAGACGAUCAAUCAGCUGAAAACGAAUCGCGAGUUCUUCCUCAGCUUCGCCAAGGAUCCGCAAACGUUCAUACAGAAGUGGAUCGUGUCGCAAACGCGUGACCUCAAGGCGAUGACGGACAUCGUCGGCAAUCCGGAGGAGGAGCGGCGGGCCGAAUUCUACCACCAGCCGUGGACACAGGAGGCCGUUUCGCGGUACUUCUUCACCAAGGUGAACCAGAAGCGGGCCGAGCUGGAGCAGGCCCUCGGCAUCCGGAACUCUUAAUUUGCUGGUGGACUUUUGUCGACGGUCGCCCGUGGGUGCAUUUGUAUGAUUUUCUCGUGUUGGUAAUUCGUCACCACAUUCAAUUUUAUUACGUACUAAGACGAUCCCAAUCCCCCAACUUUUCCGGCGGAGGGAAGGAUAUAUAAUCUGUAUUUGCAAUAAGUUUUGACGCUUUUUUUACGAACAGUUCUCGUAAAUUAAUACAAAUAAAUACUCUAGGAGUGGAAACAUUCCCGCAUUGAAA